AUGAGUUUCAAAUUUGACGAUGACGGUGUGGUAAAAGAAUUUCACGGCAACACCAUCAUAUGCCAUAUUCCUCAACAAACCGAAUUCUUCAACAAAUUGUUGGACUUCUACCGUUUUGCGAAACGACUUUCCUUCUACGACAAGAUCACCCUACUUCCUCCUUCAAGCUACCACGUUACGAUCAUGAAUUGCUGCCACGAACACGAUCGUUCUGAGGGCCACUGGCCCAAAGGAAUCGAUCCGGACACAAGCAUGCUGCGGUGUACAUCACAUCUGACCAACAUUCUAACGUCCGAGAAUGCGGCCACUGCGGGCUCUGCCGAUUCCGAACUCGAAUUACAGGUGUACAAGCCUGCUAUGUCGAUGCAAUUGGACAAACCAAGAUCGAUAAACGUGGUUAUGGAGCCUUCUACGGACUCGCAAGAGACAAAAAUUAAGCAAUUUAGAGACAACGUUUCAAGCCUGACUGGCCUAAUUGACCCAUCACACGAUUCGAUCCGGUUUCAUAUAACCCUUGCAUACAUAAACGAAGAAUUAACCAUCGCCGAGACGCAAGAACUCACCAAGACCAUUAAUGAAUUGCAUAAGUCCUUGGCAGAGGCCUGCCCGAUUAUUAAACUUGCGGCACCCGAAUUUGUGACCUUCGACGACAUGUUUUAUUUCCACACCGUAGCUAAACUUUCUAUGUAG